UGGUGGCCGGCCUGCGCGGCGGGAGGAUCAGGUGACUCGGACCCGAACUCCAGCACACUGGGGCUCCGAAUAGCUCAGAAUCUAGCGUGGCCUUAGGUCUCGGUACAAGGGGCCUGGGUCGCGCAGCUGCAGGCCCAGAGAAAUGGAAGAGCAGGGUGGGGAAGAGGGCGGUAUCUAGAGCUGAGGCUGUGAGUCUGGGGGGCGGGGCUUCAGGUGUUGGAAGCAGAAAGCCGAGUUGACGGGUUGCAGGUCUCCGACACGCUUGGGAGGAUGAGAGGCAUGACUGGCGCCUUCCAGGAAGCAGAAUAGGCGCCUCUGUUGUGGGGGCAAACGCCCAGGCAAUUUCUAAAAUUUAUAAUUCUCUAAUCGAGUGACUUUUAUGUUGAGCAAGUUUCUCGACCUGUUAACAUUUGUUGUAAACCAAGGUCCAAGACAGGCAUAACUUAGCUGGCAUUAAGAAAGGAACCAUGUCCUCCGCUGGAUAGCCCCUAGCAUUCUGGUCUUGGAAUAGCUGAAUCAGAUUCAUUCAUUGAUUCAUUCAGCAAAUACUGUUGAGAACCAUCUAUGUGCUAGGCACUCUGCAUAAGUACAGAGGAUACGAUGGUGAGCGAAACAGAUCCCUGCUUUCAUAGAGCUGACCUUCUGGUUGGGAAGAGCUAACUGAAGAAAACGUGAAAGGAGCCAUGAGAAUGUAUAACAGGGGAAGUGAACUAAGAUCUAGUGGGUGAGUAGGAGGUAACCAGAGGAAGCACUUUCUGGACUGUGAAAACUUCUCAGGCAAAGGCUGUCAGGCCAGAAUGUCUUGGAGCUGUAAGGCCCGUGAGGCUGGAACAAAAGCAAGUUAAGGAGUGUGGAGUUCCAGAUGAGGCUAGAGAGGUAUGCAGGGAUAAGAUCAUGCAAAGCCUAGUAGGACAUGAUAAGGCUUUGGGGUUUUAUCAUAAAAGCAGGGUACACUUUGAAGGGUUAAGGAGGGAAAUGAUAUGACUAGAUUUGCAUUUUUAGUUCACUGUGGCUGCUAUGUGGAGAACAGAUUGUAGAGGGUAGCAAGAGUAGAAACUGGGAGACCACUGAAGAGGCUGUUGCACAAGUCCAGAGGGGGUUGAUGAUGUCUUGGACUGUGGUGGUGGCAGUUAAGAAGGAGAGAAUUGUACGGAUUUGAGAUACACUGGCUAGGUAAAAUUGCCAGAACUCAAUGAUAUCAUGGAUAUGGAGGGUGAGGAAGGGGAGGUGCCAAGGGUGUCGCUCCCUAGAUAUAUGGCAAAGGUUCUGCUCGCUUUUGGGUUACUCACCACCUGGGAUGUUAGGGAAACUGGGUUGGCUGAUCUUGUACUGGUUAGACUGUGCUUAGCUUUGUGGAUUGAGUAGAGCAUCAAGCUGAAUGCUGUAGAAGGGACAUGAAUAGGAGAGACCUUGGCACAGUUUCUCCGUUUGGGCCAGACCCUAGCACUGCUUUUUUUUUUUUUUCUUUGCGGUACACGGGCCUCUCACUGUUGUGGCCCCUCCCAUUGCGGAGCACAGGCUCCGGACGCGCAGGCUCAGCGGCCAUGGCUCACGGGCCUAGCCGCUCCGUGGAAUGUGGGAUCUUCCCGGACCGGGGCACGAACCCGUGUCCCCUGCAUCGGCAGGCGGACUCUCAACCACUGCGCCACCAGGGAAGCCCCCAGCACUGCUUUUAAUGUGAUUGUCAGGCUACUUGUGGGCUAAGAAUAAAGAGACAGUUGUCCAGACUCUGUCCCUGUGUGUUCAUGGAAGCCUUCUCUGUAUUUGUUGGCAAAUUUAGGGGUUCCACCAGAUAAUCUUUGACACCUUAGUCCUGCAGAGAUGAUCAAUUUCUUACAUGUAAAUAGAAUUUCAAAGUUGGAAGAGAUCUCAAGUUUUCUUAGUCCAGUUUAUAAAAUACUUUUAUGUUCUUUAUAUCAUCUUCACAAUUAUUUAUUAAGCUCUUACACCAUCAUGAUUAGACACUAGAAAUAGUGUCUUGUUCUUUUCUCUGAAGAUGAAUAGAAUAAGACUGUAUAGGUUCAUUUAGUCAAUAAAAUUGAUUAAGCACCUUUGUGCCAGGCAGUUUUAGCUGCUUCAGAUACAAAAUGAUUACAACUUGUCUUUGACCUUGGAGUUGCAUGUCUGCAAACCCUGCCAUUGAGGACAGCUGAGUGUAUUAAAGGGUUUGAUUUGGGCGUGAUAGAUCCUGACUUAUCUGUAAGAUUAGGAGGGAGAUGACCUCGAUAUUACGGAGCCCUCAGGCUCUCCAGCUUACUCUGGCUCUGAUCAAGCCUGAUGCAGUUGCUCACCCACUGAUUCUGGAGGCUGUUCAUCAGCAGAUUCUGAGCAACAAGUUCCUUAUUGUACGAAUGAGAGAACUUCUGUGGAGAAAGGAAGAUUGCCAGAAGUUUUACCAAGAGCAUGAAGGGCGUUUUUUCUAUCAGCGGCUGGUGGAGUUCAUGGCCAGUGGGCCAAUCCGAGCCUACAUCCUCGCCCACAAGGAUGCCAUCCAGCUCUGGAGGACAGUGAUGGGACCCACCAGAGUGUUUCGAGCACGCCACGUGGCCCCAGAUUCAAUUCGUGGGAGUUUCGGCCUCACUGACACCCGUAAUACAACCCAUGGCUCAGACUCUGUGGUUUCAGCCAGUAGAGAGAUCGCAGCCUUCUUUCCCGACUUCAGUGAACAGCGCUGGUAUGAGGAAGAGGAGCCCCAGUUGCGCUGUGGCCCUGUGCGCUACAAUCCAGAGGGAGGCAUCCACUUUGCAGCUGGAACAGGAGGCCCAGGGCCAACCUGACGCAGGCCUGUUGGUCUGUGAAGAGUGAUGGUGUUGCCCAGCCUUUUCUCGCAGACCUCUGGUCCAGAGCAUUCUCCUAGGACCAGGGAGGCCUGGGGCUUAUUGUGCCAUCUCUGCUGGGCACCGCCACCUGCAUAAGAGCCUAGCUCCUCACUGCUACCUCUUCUAGAAUCUAACUCUCUAUCUACCUCUUCUCUGGAAUGUUCAUGGGUGGUUCAGAGGAAUGAUGGCUCCUUUUUUUCUGAGAACUGUUCAUCCUUUUUCAAGGAGGGGCUUGCCUAACUGACUUGCCUGAAAAAUGCAGUGACCGUAUUAGCAACAUUUGGUCUAUUUUCCUUAAUAAAAGUCAGUAUUCUACUGAA